AUGAAAGGAGUUAUACGGUUCGAAAAGAAAGGGAAAAUGAGUCCCAGGUAUGUAGGACCGUUCGAAUUUUUGGAAAGAGUCGGUGUAGUCGCAUACCAUUUGGAUCUACCAGUUGAAAUGCAAGGAGUGCAUAAUGUCUUUCAUGUAUCAUCCUCAAAGAAGAGCUUUGGUGAAAGACAACCUGUAGUGAUGGAUGUCAGUAGCAUACGGUUACAGUUGAAUAUGUCUUAUGAAGAAUGGCCUGUGCAGUUCGUGGAUAGCAAGGAACAAGAACUAAGGAAUCGAAAGGUAUCGUUGGUAAAGGUUCUUUGGAACAAUCCAGCUUUUCAAGAGGCAAAGUGGGAAAGAGAGGAUUCGAUGAUGACUAAAUACCCUCAUUUAUUUGUAACUCAGAACUAA